AAAGACGAUACGAUGCACUCGGAUGCAAUCAAUAUGUUGUUUUUUUUUCACAGGUCACCUGUUACAUUAUUGGUUAUGCUCUGAGAGAUUGCAGGCCUUAUAGGAGUGGACAGGUGCAUAUACUUCGGAUCGCUGGCAUGGAACACUAUAAGAGAGCAAUCUAAUAAACCAACAUUCAUCAGACGAGUAGUUACAGUGGCGAAGACGAGUCGGAAAAUGAGAUUUUCGUGAUGUACGAGAACAUCUUGUGUCGCGUUAUUUAUUUCUUCGUGUUCGGAUUCUUUAUCGUGAUUUAUGCCAAAAGUAUACCUACAAAUUGGAUCAAUUUAAGCGCCGAUGAGAUCAACGGCUUACCUUUUACCGAAAUAGACUUAAAUGAUCCGUCCAGAAGUAAUUACACUGUGGAAUUUGUUCCGCUCAUUAGCAUCAUCGCCGAUUACCUUCCGAUACUCUUGCACCGAUUAAGAACGCAAGAAGUCACCACAGCCAGAAGUUUGAACUGGUUGCUAACCGAUGAGAAAAUAUGUACGCCGCAUCAUCUGGGACGAUUCCCUAAUCCAGACAAUCAAUGUCAGUUUUUCGAAUGCGCCAUGAAUUUCAAAAACUUGAUCAAUUGUUCGCAGUCUACUCAGAAUGAGGGUAAACGCGAGACGAGGAUCGCCAAACACCUCAACGACGUAAUCCAACUAAAAAGCGAAAAACCCACCAAAAAGAAACACCAUUCAAGCACAACGAGCUUAGCAGUGAUGUACAAAGUGAACGAAUGCGUUUCUCUAAUCCUUCAUCAAUGUUCAUCUCAUCACAUCUAUAGUAAUCGAUUACAACGAUGUAUACCUCACGAAGACGUCAAAUGCCCCGAUUGAUAUCCUUCUUCUGAAAACAUUUGCAUUUAUAUAAUUUAUUUUUUUAUACAAUAAUAAUAAAAUAAUACCU